AACUUAAAGUCUCUAAAGCUUGGUAAGAUCAAGACCUAGUUAACGAGGAUUGGAAGAUAAUAACUAGAAGAAGCACCCCAAGCAAAAUCUCUGUCUAGUUUUGCUCCAACCUUGUAGCUAUUAGUCCCGAUGGCGAACAAAGAGACAAACCUUUCGUCGCUUCCAGAUGAGAUGGUUAUAAACUGUUUAGCCCACUUAUCGAGAUCGUACCACCCGAAACUCUCCUUAGUAUCCAAGAGAUUCCGCUCUAUCAUCUUAUCCAGAGAGCUCUUGUUUGCUCGAUCUCACUUGAAAAUACAAGAACACGUCCUUGACGUCUGCUUAAAGUUGCCCGGGCGUCGUCUCCCCUCCUGGUUCAGCCUCUGGAUACGACCUGAUCAGAUCCUAACUAAUGACAUGGAAGAGGACAAGUCCACCACACGAAAUACUUUGUUGGUAUCAAUACCCUCUUCAUAUUCUCCUAAUGUAGCAGAUUUAUCUAUGGGCAUGGUUGGGUCCAAACACUACAUAGUCAAGGAUUACAAUAUUCCACCGACGGCAUCCCCCAUGUUGGUACGUGACCAUAAUGAGGGCACCCACACCUGGAGAAAAUCCCCUAGCAUGAAGGUGGCUAGAGAGAAUCCUAUGGUGGCUAUUCUCGAUGGGAAAAUAUACGUAGUGGGUGGUUGCAAGGCAGAUGAAACCACUAACUGGGCUGAAGUUUUCGAUGCAAAUACUCAAACUUGGGAGUCUUUACCUGACCCUGGCGCUGAGCUCCGCUCGUCUUUACUUAAGUCAACGAAGGUGACCGAUGGAAAGGUUUACGUUAGGAGCAAUGCCAAGAAUGAGUAUUAUUAUUAUGAUCCAAAAGAAGGUAAAUGGGGAGUUGUAACUGAGGCACUGCAGUUUGAGAGAAAGUGUGUAAUAGAGAACGUUUGGUACUAUUGUGGUGAAGAAUAUUUCUCGUGGUUUGACACAAAGCUUCAAAACUGGAGAAUGGUCAAAGGCUUGGAGGUAUUGAAUAGGAAUUGUUGUGCUGGUGCUCUUGCAGUAGCUAACUACUGUGGGAAACUCUUAAUCUUGUGGGACAAGCCUGGCCAGGGUGAAAACAAGAACAUUUGGUGCUCGGUGAUUGCGCUUGAAAGAGAGGGUGGUGGUGAUGAUGUUUGGGGACACGUUGAAUGGGCUAGCGUUGUGCUUCCCGUUCCCAGUUCAUACGUUUUCUUGAGCUGUCGACAGGUAUGGGGUUGAACAUGCUUUGGUUCUGGCCAUUGACAAUGCCUUUUGACUUAUAAGUUUCGAACUUCUUUAAUUGAUUAGAUUUCAUAUGUAAUUGCUACAAUUCCUUGGCUUUUAUUAUCACUUUUCAAUACCCAAAUCUUGGACUAAGCCUAAACUGAGUUUGACAAUGAAAAUUAUUACAAUAGUAACUCAAGUCUCACUAACAAAAAAAAAAAGAGUAUUAGAGAGGGAAUACUUUCUUGUGCUUGAA